AUGGUUUCGCUCAAAGCAGUUGCAGUCGGUUAUGUGGCGGCGUUCAACCUCUUGGGAGUUGACGCAGGUCUAUGCCGACCAUCAACUAGGACUUCUUUAACCUCAUCUGGGACUGAAACCCAGACGUUGAUCCCCGUCGUUUCGACAUCCACCUUGGACACUAGCAUCAUUCCAUCUGAGACAACAACUUCAAAAGAUCGCACAUCGUCAGUUUUCGGAACACCUAGCAAUUCUGAGACCACUGGAAACCCAACUUUCUCUACUAGCGGAACUCUCAGCUAUGUUACGUCGUCAGGCAUCCCAACAACAUCAGAUGAUGAAAUCGCUACAUCAUCAGCAACAGAAACCUCUGGCAAUCCCACCGCAUCUGAAGAUUCCACCACUUCUGGUAAUCCUACUACAUCUGAUGAGACGACGUCUACCGAUGUCACGACUUCUGGAACUUUCACGUCAUCAUUGGACACCAGUACAUCAAACGAUCCUACAGUAUCCUCUGAUACUAUGACAUUCAUUGAAACCAGUACGGAUAUGGAAUCCUCAACAAUUGCCGAUACUACAGCCACUACGGAUGCUACAACGGAUGCUACAACGGUCGUCGAUACUACUGCGACUACGGAUACUACCGCGGCCACGGAUGCUACAACAACCGCUGAGACAACGACAACUGCCGAUGCCACAACUUCAACCGACCCUACAACUACAACUUCAGUCUGCAUUGAGCCUACUAAUAUGCUCAGACAGCCCGGUUUUGAGCCUUCAGACAAUGAGGGUGCUUGGGGAUUCUAUUGGGGCGGCGGCGGCGUCGAAGUCGACUCUGCGGCGGCUCGCACAGGUGACGGUCUAGCUGUUCUCCCGGUUCCUGGUGGGCAAGAACGACGCAUGGAGCAGCGAGUACAUAUAGUGCCAGGCACUGAGUAUUCUAUCCGCUUCUACUAUGCUCUCUCAUCCACACCACCUGCCAAUACACAGUGCACCUUGUUUACUACAUUCGAUUAUUAUACGACUUUGACCCAGAUACCACUUCCGUCUGAUACGGAAUAUCAUCUGUACUCGGCGAGCUUCAUUUCAGCAGACAACCUGGACCCGGCUGUCGAAAUCGGUGUCUCUUGUACCCAACAAAACAACGGCUACACAGCUACGGUUUUUAUUGAUGAUGCAUCGGUUCUGGAUGUCACCAAUGCGUGUGAUGAUGCUACUCCUGUCGACCCCGACGCCCCCGCCAAGUCCACGCUUCUCAUCCCUGCCCGGCCAGAGCAACCUCGUUGCCCUGUAAAUGCCGCUCAAGUCCCAGGUUUUGAGCCCGUGAAUGGUGAACAGGGAUGGGUGUUCUUCAACAGAGGAGAAUUUGUCAAUGAUGUAUCCAACGCGCGAACCGGCGAGUGGGAGGCAUUACUCCCUAGCGGAACUAUGAUUAAUGGAGUGAACGAUGGCACCUACCUUGAACAACUUUUCAACCCAGCAGAUCUUACACAAGGUGAAACUUACGAUUUUCAUUUCUUCUGGAAGCCAAGCACCCUGCCGGACAACGGCAAGUGUUAUAUCUUCGGUGGUUACAAUGACGCCGUCAGGUAUUCAAAUGCCGAAGUCAAAGCUGGAGCAACUUCUUCGACAGGUUACACUAUCUACUCAGUUCGCUUCGUCAUGCCAGCAACCGAUGACUUCUUUCUCCAAAUUGCUUUCUAUUGCGAUUACAACGAUGGCAAUGAGCAGCUGGGAUCUGUUUACGUCGAUGAUACUGCCCUGAUUCAAGUUGGCGGUUGUGAGGCAUUCCCUGUGACGGGUGCACUUAUCGAGAACCCCAGCUUCGAGAUCCGAACGACUGAAGACAGUACCUAUGCUUGGUUUGGCAACAACGGCAUGGUAAUCCGCGCUUCAGGUGCAGCUGAUGAACCCUCUGCAAACUCAGGCGACAAUUAUUUAUAUGUUCAGCUUGAAUCCACCAAGAGAUCAGCUACACUCACCAAACCACUGGCCGCUUCUCUAAUUACAGGCCAGGCUUACAGCCUCCAGUUCAGUUGGACGGCUGGGUCGGCAUAUGAACCCUCCGAUUGCUCCUUCACGAUCGCCUUUGGUUCCACUACUGAAACCAUUCCACUUUACCGCGAGAUUACUUCGUACAGCUACGAAGCGUUCGAAUACGGGUUCGUACCAGCUGAAGAGGCUACGUCCAUGUCUGUUACUGUCUCUUGCUCGACCGCUUCUCCUGACUUUCUUUUUGAUGACUUUUCUCUUCAGUAA